AUGUCACUUCGACGUACUUUGAAUUCACGAAUAGAAGAUCUGCCAACUGAAAUAAUCUUUGUCGUUUUCGAUCAUCUAUAUUUUCAUGAAAUCAUCAAUGCAUUUCGACAACUUAAUUCAUAUUUUCAAUCGUUACUACAAACAUACCAGCAAUAUUACCUGGAUUUAUCAGUUCUAAGACGAAUAUGGCACUUUGAAGUAAUUCAACAAUUACCAAAAUAUAUUCAACAAGUCAAAUCUUUAAGAUUGGCUUCUAGGGAAGACCUCAUCAUUGACACGAACCAAUAUUUGACCUUAUAUCCACUCAAUUUAUAUUAUUCAACUCUUGAAUUACUCUCAUUGACAGGUACUGAUGUUGACCAACUGGAAUCGUUUGUUUUCAAAUUGUCCAAUUUUCAGCGCCUAAAACAUUUAUCAUUAAUCCUCUAUCGAAAAUAUGAUUCUUCCUACAGUAUGUCCGAUUCACGUCUAAAUCUGCUUCGUUUCAUUCUACUGUUUAAAAUCAAGACACUGAUGUUUUUAUCAUGGAAUGUUGGCUUGGAUUUUUUCAGUAGAAAAUAUAUGACGUUGUCGAAUGAAAAAUCAACUAUUGAAUUUUAUGAAUUUUAUGGAAUGAGUUUUGAUGAUUUAACUUGGUUGCAACUGUACACAACAAAUAUGAAGUCACUUAGUAUACAUAAGUUUACUUGUGAUUUUGGUAAAGUUUGUAGAUUAACAAUCGAAACAUUAAUCACUCUCAAGCUCCAUGACAUUCCCGAGUCGAUGAAUAUUCACCAACUAUUCAAACAGUGCUUAUAUUUACCUCAAUUGAAUCAUUUAGAACUAGAAGGUGAACUAUUUAAAGGAUCACACAUCGACGGUAAUCACUGGAGAUACCUGAUUGAAAAUUGUGUUCCUCAUAUAAAACGUUUUCGAUUCUUUUUCUAUAUUAACGACAGAAUCGUUUCCAAACCUCACAAUAACAUCAUAGAGUCAUACAAAACUGACUUUUGGUUACGAGACAAAAAAUGGUUUGUCAACUGCGAUUACUUAGCAGGCCAUCGAGUAUUUCUUUACACCCUACCAUGCAUCAAACCAGAAUUAAACUAUCUUGUACCCUAUGAACGAACAUCCACAAGUUCAUCGUCAGCAAUUAGCGUUCCGGUUCUACAUUUAGACUCGAUUAACACAAAUCAUCUUCCGUCCAAUUUACACUUCGAUCGUGUUCGAUCGUUAUCUAUAUACCAAACAGAUCGUAACAUGACUUAUGAACAAUUGCGUAGACUGAUAAAUAUUUCAACUGUCGAACAUUUGAUAUUUCUUGAUUACAUCAAUCCGGAUUUAUUCUUUGAUAUAUUAAAAUAUCAUCCGACUCAACUAUCAAUCCGAAUGUGUGAACAGAACUUUCAUGAAGUUUUAGGCAUAUCAUAUGGAUUUAGUAAAAAGCAGCUAAGUACUGACCGGAUGGCUUAUCUGGAAAAAAUCAAGUCAUUCAAAUUAAAAUGGUGUUCUGGAUCUAAUGAAGGAGCUCUUGAGUCAUGCGCGAAGUUUUCAAAACUAGAAGCGCUAGAAAUAGAUCUAACAAUGUCAGUGGCAAAGUUGCAGUAUAUAAUUAAUAGUUUUACGAAGUUGUCAUUUUUAAAAAUGUGCCAGGGUGACGAUAUAAACAAAUUAAUAGAAAGUGGAAGCCAAUGGAGAAGACUUGUGCAUAAACGUGUGAAUAGUGCUGAUUGGAUAUGGUUCGAUUGA